CUGGGCUAAUUCUUAAAAUUGAACGGGAAAGGCUCAUGAUGAAAUUUGCUUGUUGUUGAGUUGGUAGAUGCAUGACGGCUGCGUUGGAAUGAUAUGCUAAUUUCUGUUAUUUUCCAAGCAAAUCAAAAUAGGAGCAUUGGCAGCUGUUAACAAACCAAUCCAAGCUUAAGAAAAUGAGUAUGCAGAGGGAAGAGAAGGCACUGGAUGCUGCUCUGGAUGCCUUCUCACAGCGGCUCAACGAUCUGAAGCAGUCCAUUGGGCAAACACUGCAGAAACUGGAGGCAGGUCAUGAGCACAUGAGCUGGCCAUCUCUGCUGGACAGCUUUGCACUACUUUCUGGUCAGCUGAACAACCUGCUGCGCGUGCUGAAGAACGAGAAGACGCCGCUGCUGCGGAACCGCGUGACGCUGCCGCUGCUGCUGUCGCCCGAGCGUGACGAGCAGCUGGUGCGGCUCACCGAGGGCCGCGUGCCGGCCUUCGCGCACGACCUGGUGCCGCACUACCUGCGCACCAAGCAUGACCCCAUGGUCGAGGAGCGGCUCCAGAUGGUCGAGAGCAAGGCCGCCUCGAUCAGCGCCGACGCCGCCCAGAAACAAGUGACGGCGAUGAACAAGGUAGUGAACAACCUGUUGGACACGAUCCAGCAGUCCCGCGAGGACUGGGAGAGCGAGUCGGCACGCGCGCAGCUGAGCCAGACCUCCUCGGUGGCAGACACGCAGCAGUUGAUCGCCGCCAUCGGCACCGGAAAGGGUCUGAAGAGCGGCCCGUCCGCCCGGCAGGCUCCAGCCCCUAUGCCCGCGCCAGCUCCUGUUCAGAUGCCGCAAGUGAACAAAGCUCCGAGCUCCAUCAAAACUAACAUCAAGGCCAACAUACAGACGCACCCGUACAAAUAGACAGCUGGAGAUAACCGUGUCACGGCUCGGACUAGGUCCCGUAGUCGGUGACUGAGCUGACCUGACUAGCUGAUCCGGUCCACUUUGGGCAGUUCCAUGGUGCAAAGCUCUGUGAGUGGAGCCGUGCGGACGGUGUUCCGGAUAAGGAACCCAUUUUUCGCGUUUCCUUCACUCGUGUGUACAGCCUGGUCGGCAGACGGCAGUCUCAGUCGUAUUUCAACUGAAGGUCAGGACAUGUCGGCAUGGACCUUGUACGAGUAAUUAACCAACCGCCACGCAUUUUGAAGUGAACACUGUCUGGUGGUAAACUAAGGUCUACUGUGCAUUUGUUUCAAUGUAGUAUAUUCAGUAAAUGCUGAGUGGGAAUUGGCUAGAUGCCUGCUCAUUUCUCUUGUCCGUUCAGCUAAGCUGGCACAAGUAUGUUUUUUUUCAUUCGUUGAUUAAAGGGACCCUCCCACCUUCAAAAAAGUUUAUGAAUUGGCAUGAAAGUGAUGUCGCUCGGUUCAGAAAGAGCGAAAACGAAUAUCUACCAAAUUUCACCGAAAUAUAUUCACCGGUUUUCCAGAUAUUAGACAUUUACUUUUGUUUCCUUUUUGGGAUCUCCGCUGUUCCUAGCGACUUUAUUUGGAAGCAAUAGUUUGGCAGCUGAAAGUGCGGCACUUGUUGCGCGCAAAACGGCAUAUACCACCGCGUGCUACAAAACGUUUUAGUCAAACAUUUAAAAAUCGUUAGAUAUCUGCGCUGACGUCACACAUUCAGAGGGGUAUUCCUAUGCAUUAGCCCCUCUGAAUCAAAAUGCUGCAAUUUUGAAAUUCAAUAUUUCCGAUUUAAGGCAUUUCUCGAUGUUGUGAGUGCCGAAACCGGUAAUUGUGAGCCAGGGACCCCAUUUUGGCUAUCUCAACUCAAAUCUAAUGUUAAGGUGGGAGGGUCCCUUUAAUAUCUCGUAUCUUGCGACAAUUCACUACCAUCCAGCUGUCCCAUGACCGGAUUCAUCGGCUAUCUGACGUAAUUUUUUAUGCAUCGUCAUCUCCUUAGGUACUAGCGAUGACUUUCUCAGAGAACCUCUCGCGGCUCGUAGUAGCGUUAUAUUGCUCUCCAUUCGGAAGUGUUGGGCGCCGUGUUUAGGCUCGUAUAAACUAGCGUGGCGAGCUGAUGCCGAUGAUGUCAAGCGUCGAGUGAAUACCUAUGGUUGAGGAUUGAUGAAUAAAUAAAUGGGCUCCAUCG